AUGUUCAAGUUUCAUUUUUUUUUUACUAUCAAGGUCGAUGCUAUCAACAAUGCCGGUAUUCUGAAGGAUUUCACCGUCGUAGCUACGGAAGCCCUCCCCGACGCGUCCGACAAAUCUAGACAGAAGAUCGAUGGCGGUAUGUACCCCACAGGCUCCGCACCCACGGCAAGUAACCGAACAGACUGGUCCGCGAUCGAACUUUCCAUUGAGUGCAAGGCCGGCGACACGGAUGACCCAUUCGACGACUCGAUGCCGAACGGCCACCCAUUUUCAGACAAACGUAGGGCAGUCCUCGGGCAGAUUCUAUCCUACGGAGUUCUUGUCUUCGAUCGUCAACAUCGUACCCACCACUUCACCAUCAUCGUCUUCGGCGAGUUCGCCCGUAUCAUCCGAUGGGAUCGCGCCGGCGCGAUAUUUUCGGAUAAGUUCAACUACAGAAAAAUGCCUGGCAAGCUGGCGAGGUUCCUCUGGCGGUUUUCACGUCUUUCAGCAGUCCAACGGGGCCACGACACAACCGCUACUCGAGUGCUCCCCAAGACUCCCGACUACGCAUUGAUGGAGCAGUGUGCCUCAACCCCUCGCCUCACCAACGACUACGCUCGGAAACUCUUCAAUGGAACUCUCGCCAAAGACUGGCCUUGGUGGCGGAUCACAGUUCAGGACACCAGCGGCCUUCGCGUCUUUCUCGUAGGAAGGCCUACCUUCAUCGCUUCUGGACUUGUCGGAAGGGGCACCAGAGGCUAUGUGGCUCUUGACCUGGACAAUCCGGAUCAUCCUUUCGUGUUUCUCAAGGACUGCUGGCGAGUGCUCCACGAAAGAUCGGAGACGGAAGGCGCCAUCCUCUCAUAUCUCAACGAAUGUGGCGUCCAGGGCAUCCCAAGUCGGUUGUGCGAUGGCGACGUGGGCGAGCAAGAGACGUUCUCGCAGGAUAUCUGGAGGGCGAAGCAUGAGGAAGAAGAAACAUGUCGCAUGAAACAUCACAAGCACUACCGCCUUGUAGUGAAGGAGGUUGGCAUCCCUUUGCGCAGGUUUGAGAACGGCAAACAACUUGUGUCUAUUUUCUAUGACUGUGUUCUAGCUCAUGAGAGCGCCUACCUGAAGGCCGGGAUAAUUCACCGAGACAUCAGUUCUGGUAAUCUCCUCAUGCUACCGACGAAGCUGCCGAGUGGCCGGGUCGUCUAUAGGGGGCUUCUCACCGAUUGGGAGUUGUCGAAGCGCGUGGAGCAAGAAGGCGAAAGCCCUCGUCACCCUGACCGAACGGGGACCUGGCAGUUUAUGUCCGUCAACGCUUUGAAUCAUCCUCACAAGCCUAUCUCCAUCCCAGAUGAGCUCGAGUCGUUCUUCCACUCCAUGCUCUGGUUCGCUAUUCGAUGGCUCCCCCACAACUCCGACAACGUCGGCACAUUCAUGUUUGAGUACUUCGACACUGGGUGUACCGAAAACGGCAAGGAGUACUACUGCGGCACAAGGAAACAGGUAGCGCUGGAAGGCGCAACGCUUCGCACGAGCUCGAACGCUCCGUUGCAUUUC